AUGCCGGCGAUCGCUUAUACGCUCAUAUCAACCAUGGCUCAUGCUGACGAUACGGUCGUUUUUGAACGAAUGGUAAACAUAUGCUAUGAAGCUCUGGACGAAUUCCUGGAGGAAAUCCGUGAAUCCAAACCGGUUAUGUGCACUUUCUUCUACGUUUAUGCGCUGCGAAAUAUCGACUGUCCGGCAUUCUUUGGAAUUCGCACGGUCGAGAAGGAGUACCGAUUGAUGAAACGUUGUCUGGUGCACAACCAUGACUUCCAUGUGGGUCAGCGGGGUUUGUGUAUAAGUAAUCGUCGUCUAUCUGGAGAACAGGUGGAGGAAGUGUGUAUUUUGAUGGACACUUUUAGAAGUACUCGCGAGCUGAGUGUUUUCGCCACACAUAAUUUCAAGAGACUCUUAACCAUGGCGGAUAUUAGAUCCAUUCGUCGAAGAAGAUCUCAUUCGGAUUCACGUGGCAUCUGGGAACCAGAAGCAAAAGAAGCUGAAAAUUAA